ACCGGAUGCGGCUGACGUCACGUUCAUCGUAAACAUGGCGUCCGUGACAACAGCCACUUCAGAGUGGAUUCAGUUUUUUAAAGAUGCAGGGAUCCCAGCCGGUCUCGCUGUCACAUAUGCAGUUUCCUUCGUGGACAACAGAAUUCAGAAGAACAUGCUGAUGGACCUCAGUAAAGACAUCAUGAUGGACCUCGGCAUUACUGUCAUUGGCGACAUCAUUGCAAUCCUUAAACAUGCCAAGCAGGUCUACAGGCAGGACAUGUGCAAAAUGGCAACAGAAGCCAUCUCCUCAGGACAGACCAGUGUUCAGGCCGAGCUCAGAAGAACUGCAAAUACUCCUGCCACUCGCAUGAUUGCCAACGCUUUGAGCCAUGACUCCCCGCCGGCCACCCCAGCCCGUCGACCCGACAACCGCCUCUCCGUCACCGUGUCUAACAUGCAAGCAAACAAGAGUAACAAAGCAGUCGUAAGUCAGCCAGCUGAUGAGGGGAACGGUUUGCCAGCGGUGAAGCGCCGGCGUGUGACAGCUGAGAUGGAAGGCAAGUACAUCAUCAACAUGCCCAAGGGCACCACGCCUCGUACACGUCGAAUCCUGGCCCAGCAGGCCAAGAAAGGUUUGAAACGCACCUCCGUGUUUGCGAGACUUGGAGCUGAAUCGAAAGUAGACACAACUACGAGUAAUAACAAGCCCACCGGUGUGUUCAGCCGCCUUGACGGAGGGAACGGGGGUGAAGACAGAUCAAAGGCAGGAAACAUGGCUGCAGACAUGGAUGAGGAGGACAGUGAUGGAGAGGGCUCUGUCCUCCAGUACGCCGGGGUCCUCAAGAGACCUUCUCCAUCACAGGUCCCAAAGGCAGCCCCGACCACCCUGCGGCGCCUAGGAGGAAAAUUUAAGCUACCUCCCUCUGAUCCUCCCACCUCCUCCUCCACCUCCACCUCCACCUCCACAUCCUCUCCAAACGGCCUCCCACCCGCCAAAGUUAGUGUUCUUCAGAGACUGGGCAAACUUCCCGCCACACACUCAAACGCUGCUGCGUCGGCCACGGCGGCUGACACACAGGACAACAGAGUGACCAGCACCAGACCCAAAGCCCAGGAGAGAUUGACUGUAGCGAACUCCAAGGUCAGCAGCAGCACCGGGGUCAGGGGAGCGAUAGCAUCAGCAGCAUCAGCAGCAGCAGGAGGAGGAGGCGCAGGAGGAGCAGCAGCAGCAGGAGGAGGAGGAGAGUCUGCAGGAGCCCAGAUGGACGUUAAGGCUAUCAGUGUUUUUAAGAGACUUGGCAGCAAGAGGACCUAACACUCUCAAAAAAGAGAGUCCGACUCCUUCUGUAUGUUCUUUGUAGAAUUUUUAUCUCCACCUUUUUUGUUUUCUUUGCCUCAUGCACGACUGUAGAUUAUUAUUAACUGGCGCGCUUUUAAACUUUCAAUCGUGCUGCCAUUGGAAAAAAUCACCUUUUUUUUUUAUUAUUGUUUAAGCUUUUAAUAGGGACGCACUGUGUAUUCUUUUGCUCUGCCACUUGAUCAUAUCUGCUGUUAUCUUUUAGCGAGCUUAGUGCAUGAGCAUGACGUCAGCCGAGCUGCCACAGCGCUAUAGUUUAACCUCGUGACUCCACAGAUAAGGAUGCUGCUGCAUAAAUGUCCCUUUUUAUAGAUUCCUCCUGAAUCAACACACCCGAGCUCUCGAGCUCCUCCGAAAUAAUUGAUGUGAGUAUUGCCUGGACCUUAAAUAUGUCUAAAAAAAAAAAAAUCCUCAAGUAAAUUGUACAGAUUAAGGUUUUCCCCAAAAAAUGUAAUGCCCAGUACACCAGUCAUAGGACUAGCCAUAAAGUGGAAGUUAAAUUUUUUGAUUAUCGUUAACUUCGCCUGAAAAUUACCUCUUGUAUCAUGUUUUGAAAGUAGUAAAAAAAAAUGUGUAAAAGUGUUGGCUUCUAAACUUUGACGUGUGAAGAAAAAUCCAAAUGGUGACACUAAACAACCUCGUUGAACACUUGAAUUAAGAAAAAGCACCGCACCACCUCCUCCUCUUCUUCUUCUACUACUACUUCUUCUUCUACUGCACAUCUGCAACUUUUCUAUGAAGUUACUGAACAGUUUCUACAACCACCUACUUGAAGGCCGGAUUAGUAGAGUAUUGUUUAUUUUGAAAUGCAAUGUAUAGAUUUGUUAGACUUGAUUUCACACUGCACAGAACUGUUGCAUAUUUUUCUAUGUGGACAUUUCUCCUAUCUUGUAUCCAAGUGAAGAAACUCAGAGAUGCCAUCAGGCCUGGUGUCGAGGAGCCAGUGCUGUGCUGCAGCUUCAGUAGGUAGCUCACCCUACCCGGUAUGUGUCGUUUAACUCCUGUAUGCUAUUUUGGUCUAUCACACUUGUACUUUGUUACACUGUAAAUAUUUUAAAAUGUUUAAAAAUCACAUUUAAAGAUUUUUUUAUUAAGGAAAAAUAAGAGCAACACCUAAACCCCAAACGUCUGUGACUUGAAAGACAUAAAAGGAAAAAGAAAACUUGCUUGGAAGAUAAUUAAAUGAGGAAAAAGAU